AUGUUUGCUGUUCAGAAUGCUGGCUUCGAUCAGCGGAAACGAGCCCGUGAAGAGGAAGAACUCGCUCAUGCCAACGGCAUGAGCUUUAGUGAGCACCGCAACAAACGUAUACAGUGCCUUCCACUCCGUGCAUAUCCUAGAACGACACAAUGGCAAUCUGAUGCGCCCAUGCCGGCCCCGAGCUUCGCCCCCCACGAUCACCUUCAGCCAGAAAUUCGACAAUGGCCAUCAUCAACGAACAUGACAUCACAGUCCCAUGUGGACACCGACAUGGAUAUGAUGCAGACAUAUCAACCUCAACAUCAUGAGCCGGGCCGACUUGGGGUGAUGCACCAAGAAUCUGACAACGCAAACGGGCGUUUGCCCACGCCUAUUCAGCCAAGCUUCGCUGCACAGGUUCGAGGUCAACAGGCUGUGACAACUCCUAACGGUGUUGCAAACCUAGGUCAUCAGAACACCGGCUUUGGCGAUGAUCAGAGUGUUCCUCGCACAAUGGUCGGAGGAUGGCAAGCCAUUCAGAACGAACGACGCCUUCCCUCACCCAUUUCCGAAGGUGAUGAUUCUAUGGUUUGCCAACCCAUCACCCCCACGGGCAUGCAGUUUGAUGCCAGUGCCCACGGUUUUGUCACCCCCGGUAUGGAACACCCCAAUGUGACUGUUGAGCCUUCACCCCCCAAUGAUGUGGAACAUCCUAUGAUGGAUGUGGAAUCCCACUGCUCGGGUAAUUCGGUCGACGGUGAUGGUGAUCCCACAACUCCUUCUCCCAGGAGAGGCCAUAUUCGCAGCCGACACACCGUCAACAACUGGACAUUGCAGCCCGGCAUGAAGAAGAGCUUCAGCAUAGGAUACCGAGCAGACUGCGAAAAGUGCCGCUUAAAGGUUCCAGGACACUUUAAUCACAUCAUUGUUUCUUAG